GUAAAACUACAUGUCGUAAUGACGUCAGAGUACGUGACUCAGAUGUCAGUCUCCCAGGCAGCAGAUGAGACCGUUUGGCGAAGAUGGCGGACUCGCUGUCAUCAGGUCUGGGAGAAGAGCAGGAGAAGGAGGAGGACAGGGAGAGGGACAAGAAGGCAGCCAAAACAGAGAAGAUCAACGAGAAGGACGGAGUCACGGAGACGUUAGCGUUCAACGAUAAAAAUGGCGGCAGUAAGGGCAACAAACGCAACCUGUCAGACCUGUCUCUGGUCAGAUUUAUAACUACUGAGCUGACCAGAGGCUACUUCCUGGAACACAAUGAGGCCAAAUACACAGAGCGCAGAGAGAGGGUCUACACCUGCCUCCGCAUCCCCAAGGAGCUCGAGAAGUUGAUGACAUUUGGCUUCUUCCUCUGUUUGGAUGCCUUUCUCUAUGUCUUCACUCUGCUGCCCCUCAGGGUGAUUCUGGCCCUUUUGCGACUCAUCACAUUGCCAUGCUGUGGCCUCAGUGGCUCCCGCCUGCUCCAGCCAGCCCAGGUGUGUGAUGUGCUCAAAGGCUUCAUUAUGGUGCUGUGUUACUCUAUGAUGAGCUAUGUGGAUUACUCCAUGAUGUACCACCUCAUCAGAGGACAGUCUGUCAUCAAACUGUACAUCAUAUACAACAUGUUAGAGGUGGCGGACCGCCUGUUCUCAUCAUUUGGCCAGGACAUCCUGGAUGCUCUGUACUGGACAGCCACAGAACCCAAGGAGAAGAAGAGAGCGCACAUAGGCGUGAUUCCUCACUUCCUCAUGGCUGUGCUCUAUGUUUUUCUCCAUGCCAUCCUCAUCAUGGUUCAGGCCACCACUCUCAACGUAGCCUUCAACUCCCACAACAAGUCCUUGCUCACCAUCAUGAUGUCAAACAACUUUGUGGAGAUCAAAGGAAGUGUGUUCAAGAAGUUUGAAAAGAACAACCUUUUCCAGAUGUCAAACAGUGACAUAAAAGAGAGGUUCACCAACUACAUCCUCCUGCUCAUCGUCUGUCUGAGAAACAUGGAGCAGUUCUCAUGGAACCCUGACCACUUGUGGGUGCUGUUUCCUGAUGUAGUCAUGGUGAUUGCCUCAGAGGUUGCCGUGGAUGUUGUGAAGCACGCCUUCAUCACCAAAUUCAAUGACAUCAGUGCUGAUGUAUACGGGGAAUACAGAGCCAGCCUUGCCUUUGACCUUGUCAGCAGUCGACAGAAAAAUGCUUACACAGACUACAGUGACUCAGUAUCCAGAAGAAUGGGCUUCAUCCCCCUUCCUUUAGCUCUGCUGUUGAUCAGAGUGGUAAUGAGCUCGGUGAAGAUCCAGGGUUCGCUCUCCUUUAUAUGUGUGCUGCUGUUUUACCUGGGGAUGAUCACCCUGAAGGUGCUCAACAGUAUCGUUCUGCUUGGGACGUCCUGUGUGUUCGUCAAACAGGCCAACAUGGAAGAAAAGCUCUCCGACCCUCCUCCCUCUGUUGUCUCCAGCCGUGCAAACUCUAGAGCUCACCGCACCAAAUACGUUCACACUUCUCCACAGCAAGAACCCUCAACUGACAAAGGAGGAAUAUCGCUGGCAGCAGACAAUCCUCCGCCCCCCAACUUGGCAGAGACCUCUGACCCAAAACUCCCCAAGAGCGACUCGGACACAUUCCUGACCACGCCCGACGAGGAAGACGAUGACAAAAUCAUUAACGCCAACACAGGACUGGAAGGGGACAGACUUGAACACAGAACGCCCAAGAAAGAUUUGUUGGAAAUAGACCGUUUCACCAUCUGUGGCAACAGAAUAGACUGAAUGUCACAUAAAGCAACAAGUCAGUUUGCCCUGCUUGCUGAAACAGCAAGUUUCAGGGAUCAGACGCGGGUCAUGGAGCGUGCUCAGACUCAACAUAUUUUUGUGCGCCUGACCCCUUGAGUAUUUAUUUAUUUAUUACUGACAAAACCAGCAAAGGCAUAACGCUGUUACUUCAAGCAUCAGAGGUCGCUACAGAUGUUUCCAUCUAGUCCAGUCGAUGCCUCGGGAACCAGGUUGACUUUGAGGAUGCCAUGGCAACCCGCACACAUGCUUGUGGAUGAUGAUGGUGGGUCAAAACUGGCAUGCAGAGCUGGAGCAAAGCACGAAGAGAGAAACAAAAUCUGCACGUGUGAAACAGUACAACGUGGGUUUCUGUUUGAUUACAGGAACAUGACAGCUGGACUGGGCGAGUACGUGUUCAAAAGCACAAUUUUAUGUACAGCGCAGAGUUGUUUUUAAAAGAACAAAACUUUUU